AUGGAUGAUGACAGAGAUAUCAUUCUCUACUUAGGCGAUCCCAUCUGCUAUAACACGGAGCUCUAUGCCAAGCUCGAGAAAGAAUUCAUCAUCCUCCGACCGUCCAAGAAGGAGCGAGAAAGGGAUGAGUUCAUAAAAGCCCUGAAGGAGAAGCGAUGGUGUGAAUUUAGCGCUAUCCUUCGUCCUUUCUGCGAUAGUGGCUGGGAGAUGGGGAAGUGGAAUACCGCGCUUAUUCAUCUGUUACCAGACCGUUGCUCGGCUUUCGCAAGUGCAGGAUCAGGAAAUGAAGGGAUUGACUUGAAAGUCAUGAAAAUGCAAGGGAUUGAGUAUUACAAUGGAGCUGCUGCUGCAAGCGAAGCAACGGGGGAUAUGGCGAUCUUUCAUAUCAUACCCGUUUUCCGGAAUAUGCAGUGGUCCAUUGAAGGCGCACUGUCUAUUGAUCCAAAUCGCUGGAAGGAUGCCCAUCGAAACGCAGCUCGCACGGCAUAUAAUCCCUCUGGAAAAGCUCUUGGAAUCAUUGGACUGGGUCAGGUCGGAUCCACUAUUGCGCGUAAAGCAUUCGGCUGUUUCGGUAUGAAGAUCUACUAUCACGACAUCAAACGCAAGCGCAAGAACGAAGAAGAAGCGCUCAAAGUCGAAUUCUGUGAGAGGCUGGAGGGCAUGCUUGAAAUUGUCGACUGUGUCGUGGUCGCCACCCCAGUCCUCCCAACGCCGAUAAUCACCAAGGCAACAUUAUGGCGGUUCAAGAAAGGCUCCCGACUUGUGAAUAUCGCGCAUGGAUCGUCAGUAGACGAAGAGGCACUCGUGGGUGCACUAGAGACCGGUCAUCUGUCAGCUGCUGGAUUGGACGUUCAAGAAAAAGAGCCUUAUGUUCAUCCAAAGCUGGCCGUUAUGCGUAAUGUUACGCUGACUUCGCACACGGCGGAGGGGACAAUCGAUACUGAGAUCGCAUUUGAGACGUUGGCCAUGGAAAAUAUUCGACAACACUUCCUCGCGCCAAGCGACUUUCAAUCUCUUUGUCAAAAGUAUCCAAUGCGCCAUUAA